UGUCUGUGGAUCCUUCUGGAGUAGAAUGAAUGAGACCAGGACUUAUUUGGAAAUACUAGUCAUCCUAUAGAUACAUAAUCAGAGAUGAUACUGGAUUUCUUUUGUUGAGGAAAAGUGUUUUGUCACUGUAUGCAAGGACUAUUAAGAGACAAGUGGAAGAAGGCAGAGAGAUUAGUGUUUUGAAGAAUCUGACAUAAACAGUUCAUUCUGAGAAUCUCUAGGGCAACUACCAUGUAAGUCUGCAUUGAGGAAAAUAAGACUUAUCUGUCCCAUCAUCAUGAAUUCCACACAUGUUACAGACAAUUCUCUCUGCCUUUGGGAAAAAGUGCUGAUUGGGAUUGUCCUCACAGUCCUCGUAGUUGUGACUGUCUGUGGCAAUGUUAUGGUGUGCCUCGUUGUCUCUUUCAACCGAAAGCUCCGCAGCCUGACCAACUGCUUCAUUGUCUCCUUGGCCUUCACAGACCUGCUACUGGGCUUAUUGGUGCUGCCUUUUUCAGCUACCUAUGAGAUAUUCUCCCAUGAGUGGCCCUUGGGCAUUACUUGGUGCAAUAUCUACAUCAGCUUGGAUGUCAUGCUGUGCACGGCCUCCAUCCUCAACCUUUUUGUGAUUAGCCUUGACCGGUACUAUGCUAUUACAGCACCUCUUCGCUACCCCACUGUGGUCACUCCCCUCUGGGCGGCUGUGGCUAUGGUCCUUAUCUGGGUAGUGUCGCUCAUGGUCUCAUUCCUACCUAUUCAUUUGGGUUGGAACACCAAUGACACAACUAUCCAGAACACGCGCUUAGUGGAUGGAAAGCAGGAGUGCAAGCUUGAAGUCAACACUCUGUACGUGCUGGUGGAUGGUUUGCUUACUUUCUACCUCCCUUUGGUUGUCAUGUGCAUUACAUAUUACCGUAUAUUCAAAAUAGCCAGGGAGCAAGCAAAGAGGAUCAACUACACCAGCUGCUGCAAGACCGUCAGGCAUGCAUUGCCUACUGUGAAGGAACAUAAAGCCACUGUGACUCUUGCUGCUGUGAUGGGAGCCUUCAUUAUCUGCUGGUUUCCUUAUUUUACUGUGUUUAUGUACCGAGGCAUGCAGGGUGCAGUGUGUGAAACCUUACUGACCAUUGUUCUGUGGCUUGGAUAUGCCAAUUCAGCCUUGAACCCUAUCUUGUAUGCUGCACUGAACAGGGACUUCCGGACAGCUUAUCAACGGUUGCUCCGGUGUAGAAAAAUGGGGCCAGAAGCCAGAGAGAUCCCCCUGAACCAUGAGAUGAGGGACAAGACCUGUACCCAGGCACAGUGUAAACUGGAGGAUAAUGCUCUACAGCUGCAUGCAAUGAAUGGGAAGCGAAACCCUCUUGUUCAAGACAGUGUAGAAAGCUCUGGCACCUUUUCCUAAACUACAGGCAGGCCAGGCCAUUAGCUG